AUGCAGCAAGACAAGACCCUCCCUCUGCUGGAUGAUCCUGGGGCCGUAGAGGCCGCCUGUUUUGCAGCUAUUAAUCAGUCAUGUUGCGGAAAGGGUGGAAUACCUUACAGAGACCUCGACAAAGCUCGACUUGCGUACAAGACGAGAGACGUUGACGCCACGAGGCAAGUGAAGAGGGCUGGGGAGGCGCAUCAACACACCCAUCAACAAAAAGCCUAUGACGAGCUGUCCUGUUCGCAUACGGAAUCGCACAAGAAGACGUCUUCAGAUUAUUUGAAAGCCAUCGUAUUUGGAGGCCUUGAUGGCAUCGUUACGAUCUUCGCUAUUGUUGCCGGAUGCGUCGGGGCCAAUCUGCACCCCUCCAAGGUCGUCAUCAUUGGCAUUGGAAACCUCUUAGCAGAUGCUAUUAGCAUGGGCUUCGGCGAGUUUGUUAGCUCUGCAGCAGAAGAAGACUUCGUGAAAAGCGAACGGGAAAGAGAGGAGUGGGAGAUAGAGAACUGCCCCAAUGAGGAGAAACAGGAAAUGGUCGAGAUUUAUCGAGACCGCUAUGGCUUCACAGAUGAAGACGCAGACUGCCUAGUCAACAUCACCUUCAAGUAUCGCGAGUUUUUUGUGCAGCACAUGAUGGUGGAAGAAUUAGGUCUGAUGGCUAAUGAGGGCCCCAGUCCCAUAAGGCGAGGCGCAGUUAUGUUCGCUUCCUUCUCCAUUUUUGGCCUGCUGCCUCUUGCUGGGUUUGUGGCGUGGCUAACGCUUUCGGGCAUGAAAACAGACGGCCACUUGGCUUUCGCCAUGGCAUGCGUUAUCUCGGGAAUCGCUCUCUUUAUAUUGGGCUUCUUCAAGGGUCGCUUCGUUAACCAGAGUCCUCUGAAGUCAGGGCUUUUAAUGAUAAUAAAUGGAACGUGCGCAGGAACGGUGGCCUACGCAGUUGGGGCUGCUUUAGAGGAUGUUGUUGCUGUGACCGUGUAA